AUGGCCUCCCCGAAUUCCCUUUCGUCCGCAUACAACAGCAACCUGUAUCAACAACCAUCCCGACCGGUGUCCCGAUCCGCGGUUUCACGUCCCGGUUCCAGACGGGUCUCCCCAGCCUUCCAGCACACAGAGUCAAAAUCAUCUCUGUCCCGACACUACUCCGGUGAUAGCUCUGAUGAUGAAGUUCCAGAGCCAAAAUUCAGCGCAUCCGUUAAAGCACUUUUGGACGGAGAUGGUUUAGGAUCCUCGCCUCAUCUUCAACAAGGACAUGCAGCAUAUGAGCGUCGUGUUGCUGCGAUGGGCGGCUUGAGACAACACAGCCAAUCACCACGGAACUCAUCGCCACACGAAAGCUCUAAUGGUAGCCCGGCACCAAGGGUGGUUCGCAUCGGCGGUGCCUCUAGGUUCUCCCGUGAAAGCUCUCCGCUAUCCAACAACCAUGUUGCCGAACCGGAAGCGCAAAGCCGUCCCGAUAAUUUCAAAACUCCCGCUCCACGACCUCGGAGCGUUCGAAUUAAUGCAUCGCGCAGCGAUACAAGGUCCCCAUCGUCCUUGUCGCCGUCCCUGAACCGCUCUUUAGAACGCAACUCGGGUGAUGAGUACGGCAGCGCGGAUCGGUCUGAUAGUGAUCGAAAAUCACAUUAUGAGGAUGACCCUGCAGCGCGAUUCGGCACUGCCUCAGCUCUACGAGGGCGUAACUUGGAGGAUUUUGGCCCGCAGAGCUCAUUGAGGGUCAAGCGAGUCGGGCGACUUACCGGAACCUUUCUCAACGGACCUGCUCGAAGAGGAGUGUUGCGUCGCCAGAGUGAAGAGAAUAAUGAAGAUAACUAUCAUCUCAAUGACGAUUUGAGGGAAACCGCGGAACCCGAUUACGAUAAUCUUGAAUCACAACCCCAAGACAUUGCAAAGCCAUCAUCACCAAAGGUAUCAUGGGCGGACCCAAGCCCCCCACAGGAUAAUGACUGGCGACGGCCGGAUCGACCUGCAACCACAGAACGGAAUGAAGGUCCUUUUUCCAGACCAUCUUCCCCAAAAUCAUAUGGAUCACAGUCCAAGUCCACACCUGCAUCAUCGGAACAAUCCUCCAGGGAAUCCAGUGCAAGAGAGCAGCCCGCAUUCAAAGUCCCACCCCUACCCCAUCUACCCUCAGUCAGGGAUCAGGAAAAUGAUCCGCCGCCAACUUUUAGAAGAGCGAAGCCACAGGGCUUAAAUGUGCUGGAUAAGCCCAACAAGUUAUCAGCUAUGUACGAAACCGAAAAGAAAGAAGUUGCCGAGACACCAGCAGGAAACUCACACCGCAAGGUUCUUGCUACCAGAAGUAAUAACACACCACAUCGACCUGCACCCCCACCCCCAAAAAUGUCGGUUCUCGAGACGGCAACUGCAACUGGUGGUGCAUCAACAUCACAAUCACGGAAAAAGCGAACACAGGUAACCAUCAAUCACAAGCAAUUUACUCGACUUGAUUGCAUUGGCCGUGGUGGCAGUUCUCGUGUAUAUCGCGUGAUGGCCGAAAACUACAAGAUCUUCGCCCUAAAACGAGUCAACCUGGAAGAUGUCGACCCACUGACGCUCACUGGCUACAAGGGUGAAAUCGACCUGCUGAAGAAGUUGGAGAACGUUGAACGUGUGGUGCGUUUGUUCGAUUGGGAACUCAAUUCUGACAAACAUUCGCUCAGCGUCCUCAUGGAGAUUGGUGAAUCUGAUCUAGAGAAGAUUCUUGUUUACCGUCUCAAUGCGGAAGAUGCUGUCUUCGAUAUCAACUUCACUCGAUUUUACUGGAAGGAGAUGCUUGAGUGCGUACAGGCUGUUCAUGAACAUAACAUUGUCCACUCCGACUUGAAGCCGGCCAACUUCCUUAUGGUACAGGGACGCUUGAAAUUGAUUGAUUUUGGUAUUGCCAACGCCAUUCAAGACCACACUGUGAACGUUCACCGAGAACAACAAGUUGGAACACCCAACUACAUGUCCCCCGAAGCAUUGGUUGACUCCAACGCAUCCCUUGGACUGCCCGCAAGCGUCGGCAAGGUCAUGAAACUCGGAAAACCCAGUGAUGUUUGGAGUCUGGGCUGCAUUUUGUACAAGAUGGUCUAUGGACAGCCACCAUUUGCCAAGAUCGCCAAGUACUAUGAACGCAUCAUGGCAAUUCCGAACCCUCGUGUACAAAUUGAUUUCCCUGCUCAUGGUAUCGGUGGAGUCACGGUGCCUCCUGGACUUAUUCGAACACUGAAACGCUGUCUGCAGCGUGACCAAACUCUUCGACCAACUAUCGAAGAAAUGCUCGGCCCUCGAGACCAAUUCCUUCAUCCGGAUGCUCAACUUGAGGGCGCCGUCCCUGUGACUCAAGAUAUGCUUGGUCGCAUCCUCGCCAAUGUUGUACAUCACUGCAAAGCGCGUGGCAUUCCAAAAGAUGAGGAGCUUGCUGCAUGGCCUGCUGGAUUCUUCGCGAAGAUCAAAGCAGCCCUGGAAGAAGAAAAUAAUUGA